GAUUGUGGCUCUUGACAGAAGUUCGUCGACGACGUGAUCUGGGGUGACCCAAAGGACUACGCCUACGGCAACUCCAGCUCUGCGAACAUCAUUCUGAACCACAAGGGAGUCAUCCGCCUGGUGUCCAAGCCUUUCUUGCAGAGCAGCACCUGUAAGAUACGAAUCCGCUACUUUCCAUUCGACCGUCAAAUCUGCCACCUCAAGUACGGCUCCUGGACGUACACCCAAGAAUAUGUCGACCUCCAUAACUCGACCCAGACACCCGACUUCUCGGAUUACCUUGUCAAUGAGCAAUGGGAUAUACUAGAUGCCUAUUUCAAACGGAACGUGGAAUGGUACGAGUGCUGUCCUGACCGUUACGUCGACAUUACGAUGUACCUCAGUCUGCGUCGAAAACCCCUGUAUUACCUCUACAAACUCGUCAUGCCCAUCGUUCUCCUCUCUGCUCUCUCCAUGGUCGGGUUCCUCAUGCCCUACAAUGUCGGUGUCAUCAAGGCCAGUCUCAGUGUCACGCUCACGUUGUCGAUGACGGUGUUCUUGCUUCUCGUGGCUGAAACCAUACCGCGGACGUCGGACAGCAUGCCUCUGAUCACGGAAUAUUACAUAAUAAUCAUGGUUCUGAUUGCGGUGUCGACAGCCAUGAACAUUGCGGUGCUCAAUAUCUUCCAUAUGGGCGAGAGCGGUAGGCGGGAGGUGCCGGAAUGGUUGAGAAAGCUGGUGCUCUACUACGCAGCCCGUGUCAUGUGUAUGGGCUUUGUGGUGAACUACUGGAAGGAAAUGAUGUCGGCGAGAAAGCAGCACGCCAUGGACCCCGAUCGGCUGGCCAUGCUAAAAAAGCAGCGAUUCUUUGCAGCAAGAUACGGGGUAUCGUAUACACCUUUGGUUGCCAAUGACGGCAUGGGUGGCGGCGGACAGACAAGCAAACACGCCAAGAGUAGCUUCACCGGCGUGCAGGACGACGGCGAGAAUGACGAAUGGGCCAAGUUUGAGGAGAACCUCUCGGAGACCGGUGACCACCGGCUAUCCCAGCUCGAAGUCGGUGUCGACAGCAUCCUGAAGAACAUGCGGACAAUGAAGCGAAGGAUCGACAGAAAACAGAGAAUCCAGCGAGAGUGGGCGCUGUUCGCCACCGUCAUCGAUCGCCUCCUCUUCUGCAUCUAUGCCUGCUUCACUAUCUCCAUGUCCGUGGUCGUACUCCGAAUAACGCCCGCACAACAGGAGAACGGGCUAUAACCUUCAUUGUACGCGCGAACCAGGGACCCAUUUGAUCAAGAGUUAUAACUUCUGUAACUUUGCCAUUGUGGCAACUACCAUACAAACCUUGAUUGUGAUUGGCUGCUGAGCGUUGUUACCAUGGUUAGUUGCAUAAUGGCAGAGAUAUAGUUGUUGUAAGUCUUCAUGAAACGGCCCUAGUCAGGAGUUAUGUGUUAAAUUUCUUAAAACCUGACUGGAUAUUAGACAUGUUAAAGAUCGAACUAUAAACACGUUAUUUCUAGUAAUUUAAGAAUCCCAAAGCGUACCCAAUGCCUGAAUUUUGUGAUUAAGUGGAAUACAAGCCAAAUUGAAGGUUAUUUUGACUGUGGAGAGAAAGGGGAUUCGGAGGGGAUCGGUCAAAGUUUGAGCUAAAUUGGACAGACAAUAAGGAACUUUUUAAAGUUGUAAAGACUCAGUUGAAAUCGCUACACCAAUGGGGAAUUCAAAUACAUUUACAUGGAGCGUUGUGGCCCAGUGGAUAAGUCUUCUGUCUUUGAAACAGAGGGUCGUGGGUUCGAAUCCCAGCCAUAGCGUAAUUUCCUUCAGCAAGAAAUGUAUCCACAUUGUGCUGCACUCGACCCAGGUGAGGUGAAUGGGUACCCGGCAGGAUUAAUUCCUUGAAUGUAUGAGCGCUGAAAGGCAGCUCGAGCUAAAGCCGGGAUAAUGAUAAUAAUAACAACGCGCCUCGGAAUAUAAUAUUUCUAGAUAGAUGGCGCUAUAUAAAUGCCUAUUAUUAUUAUUAUUAUUAUUACAUGAUGGCCUCGAGCUAUUGCCAGUAUUGAUGAUGGUGUUAGUGUUGAGGGAUCCAAAUCCUGAGCGACGUUCAGAUAAGACGGCAUGAAAUAAAAUAUAGCACCGGAUAAUGACGUCACGCAUCUGUCUGAUCCGACCCAACAGUUAGCUUAUCGUCGUUUUUAAAAACUAUUCUUCUGCCCCCCCCCCCUUCAGAUUUUUACAUUUACCAUGGUUGAGUUCCUCUUUAAGGUUUAAGAAAUACAGAACAUGCCUUUAGAUCUCACCAAUACAUGUACCUCCUCUUCCACCCUG